AUGGAGUCGACGGUGCUGAGCCUUGGCAAGUUCGUGCUGGGCGGCGCGCUCGGCUACGCCCAAUCCGCCGUCGCCGAGGAGGUCGCCCUGCAGCUGGGCAUCCAGCGCGACCAUGCCUUCGUCAGGGACGAGCUGGCGAUGAUGCGGUCUUUCCUCAUGGUAGCUCACGAGGAGGAACGGGAGCACAACAAGGUGGUCAGGACCUGGGUGCAGCAGGUCCGCGACGUUGCCUACGACGUCGAGGACUGCCUCCAGGACAUGGCCGUCCGCUCAUCGCGGUGGCGCAAGUGCUGCAGCCCGCGCGCGCUGCUUGAGCGCCGCCGCGUGGCCAAGAAGAUGAAGGAGCUCCGAGCCAAGGUCGAGGAUGUCAGCCAGCGGAACAUGCGCUACCGCCUCAUCAGGGCAUCCGGCUCUGGCUCCGCCGCCGGCCGGCAGCACCUGGCUGGAACGACGCCGAUGCCUGCAGCCAGCGUCGACGAAGCGAGGUGGCAGCAGGAGAAAGCAAGCGCUGAUCUUGUUCGACUAAUCAGCAGGAAGGACGACGAGCUUAGAGUGAUCGCCGUAUGGGGACCGAGUGAUGCCCUCGACAAGACAUCCAUCGUCAGAAGGGCCUAUGGCGACCUCAAGACAAGCGGCAAGUUUGAUUGUUACGCCUGUGUCAGCUUGAUGAGUCAUUUCAAUCAGAAAGAGUUCCUGCUAAGCAUUGUCAGCCAAUUCAUCGAAAAUCAUAUUGAAGCAGCCAUGGAAAGACAAGAAAAACAAGCUCCACCAACAGACGUCCUACGAAACAUGGUGAUGGCGAAGGAGGAUGAUAUCUAUUUGGUUGAUGCGUUCCUUGGAUACGUGGAGGAGAAGAAUUACCUGAUUGUGCUUAAUGAUGUAUCCACCAUUGAAGAAUGGGGUCGGAUUAAACCAUAUUUCCCAAACAACAAGAAAGGGAGCCGGGUUAUAGUGACCACAAAGCAAGUUGGGGUUGCAACUUUGUGUGUUGGGCCAGAGAGUGCAGCACCAGAGCUUAUGCACAUUUCUUCAGAUAGGACUCUGCAUGUAUUCUACGAGAAGGGUGCUCAGGACGGAACUGAUCCAACAAAGCACGGCUCCAGCUCAAAAAAGGAAGACGGUGCUGCUGCAUUGAAUGAAUUUGAGCUCAUUGGGCGAGUGGAUGAGAAAAAUGAUAUCACCAAUCUAGUUUCAAAAAAAGAUAUCAAAGGACGUCAUGUGAUCUCUGUGUGGGGAAUGGGUGGUGUUGGAAAAACCACUUUGGUAAGAGAGGUGUAUCAAAGCCCAGAACUUAGUGGAAUGUUUGAUAAACGUGCUUGGGUCACAAUUAUGCGUCCUUUCAAUUGCUCUCACCACCUUAAGAGUCUAGCUGUACAGUUUGGAGAUGGGAAUAAGGCAGAUAAUUUGACCGUACUUUUACAAGGAAAGAAGUACUUGAUUGUUCUCGAUGAUGUAUGGUUUAUCAGUGAAUGGAAUGAGAUUGUGCCACAUUUGCCAGAAACUGCAGGAAGCUGCGUAAUAGUGACCACAAGGCAACAGAGCAUUGCUAAGCACUGCUCAAACAAGGAAAGCGAUGACAUACACAUUCUCAGAAUGCUAGAAUCUAAUCAUGCUCGUGAGCUCUUCACAAGAAAGGUGUUUAAGGAGGACAAUUGGGAGGAGAAAUAUCCUGAGUUAGUUGGGCAAGUAGAACCAAUCAUUAAGAAGUGCAAUGGACUUCCCCUCGCAAUAGUCACCAUAGGUGGCUUCUUGGCAAAUCAACCAAAAUCUGUUUUGACAUGGAGGAAGCUAAAUGAACAUAUUAGUGCUGAGCUAGAGAUGAAUCCAGAGCUUGAUACUAUCAGAACAGUCCUAUUAAAAAGCUAUGACGGUUUACCAUACCAUCUCAAGUCUUGUUUCUUGUAUCUGUGCAUCUUCCCUGAAGACCACAAGGUUAGCCGAAAACGUUUGAUGCAACGAUGGAUUGCUGAGGGUUACGCAUGCGAGGCACGCGGCAAAUCUUCAAUAGAAAUAGCUCAUGACAACUUCAUUGAGCUCAUAAGUAGGAGCAUGGUCCUACCAGCUGCUCAAAAUUCAAUUAAACUUGGAAGAGGGAUUGAUUAUUGCCAGCUACACGAUCUCAUGCGUGAAAUCAGCAUCACAAAGUCAAUAGAGGAAAACCUUGUGCUUAGACUAGAGGACGGUUGUAGCUCAAAUUCACAUGGAGCAACACGUCAUCUUGCCAUAAGUAGUAACUGGAAAGGAGAUGAACAUGAGUUUCAAAGCAUAGUGGACCUAUCCCGUGUAAGAUCAAUAACGGUGUUUGGGAGAUGGAAGCCUUUUUUCAUUUCUGAAAAGAUGAGGAUGUUGCGAGUUCUUGACUUGGAAGACGCACAUGGUCUAGUCGAACAUCACCUUGAGCAUAUCGGGAAGCUUAUUCACCUAAAGUACCUUUCUUUAAGUGGAUAUGGCAACAUUCUUCACUUGCCAGAUUCGUUGGGUAACUUGAGACAACUUGAGACACUGGACAUAAGGUACACAACAAUAGCGAUACUGCCGAGAACCAUCGUGAAGCUUCGGAAGUUAAAAUAUCUUCAUGCCGGUGCAUCUGGCAUGUCGAGUAGCAAGAGUUUAGCAGAGAGAAGUCUACGGCUCUUGCGCAAUGGGUCAUGUCUCUGUGGAGCAUGUUGUGCACCUUGUCUAUUGGAAGACCUUGACUGGUAUGAACCCUAUAGCGCUGGUGGCUUCAGCAGACGUGAUGCAUGCAACUACAUUUGUUGUGUGCAGCCCCAUAUUCUCUCGAUGGACUUAGAUAACUAUUACCCUAUGCUGCCACGAGGGAUUAGGAAACUCAAAGGUCUACACACACUCCAGCAUGUGCACCUCGCAUGGGGGAAUGUUGCUACGAGAGAGAUAGAGAGGCUCACCCAGUUGCGCAGACUGGGCGUGACGGGCAUCAACAAGAAGAACGGUCCAGCCUUCUGCUCAGCCAUUUCCAAGCUCGGUAGGCUGGAGUCACUGUCGGUGCUUGGAAGUUAUGAGUUAGGCCUGCGCGGAUGUUUGGAGUACAGAGGCACAUCGUCAACCUCCCCUUCUCCUCCGGAGAACCUACAGAGCCUCAGGCUCAUAGGACAACUGGGCAAACUGCCGCAGUGGAUCGGGAAGCUCCAAAAUCUGAUGAAGCUGAGACUAGAGGAGACCGCACUGGAGGAUGCCGAUGCCGCCAUCCAAGUCCUUGGGGCGCUGCCAAGCCUGGCCAUCCUGCGCCUGCAGGAUUCGUUCAAGGGCGGGGUCCGCCCCAACUUCCGGCAACCGGAGGCCACCGCAAUAUUGUUCCCGAGCCUCAGGGUGUUGGACCUCUAUUUCGUAGGAUCGGGAAGUGGCCUCAUCAAAUCAGUGCAGUUUGGAGGAGGCGCAGCCCCCAAGCUUGAGGUGCUGCUGUAUCUUGCCCAUUUCUGUGACAUCGGAUUGUUGUCGGGUCUAGAAGAGCUCCCAAGCCUCAAAGAAUUCAUGCUGGACAACAACGAAAUUUACACGGACGAAUUUGUGGAAGACGUGCGGAAGCAGCUUGCCAACCACCCAAAUACAAACAAGCCCCUUCUCAAGAGGUACGACCGUGAAUUACUUUUUGCAAGGAAUUAA